GAAAAUAGAAUGAUACAUUACAAAUAUGACAAAGCCACCGGAGUCGACUCCGAUAUGUCGGUUAUUAAGAAGGGGAAUUCCCAUUUUAUAAGUAUGGAAUUCUAAUAAAAGCGCGGGCACGUUUUUAUUCCGUAUUCCAUGUGAUAUAAGUAUUAAACCAAGAGAGUUUCAAAUUCUGUUUCUUUAAAAAUGGAGCACGAUACAACAGAGGUAAUUAAAAAUGCAGUUUUAACAACGCCAACAGUAGAGGAAAACCGUGAAAAAGCAGAGUCAAACUUCGAAAAUUCAGAAACUGCAAUCAUCGAAAUUGCAGAUAUGGAACAAGAAGAUGAUGACAUUGGAAAUAUUAUUGAAACACAAGAAUCAGUAGCAACAAGUCAAACGCCAUCACUUAAUCCUGAAACAGAAAAAAUGACCACAGCACCCAAUGUUAUGGACACAUCCUCAGUGGUUGACAAAAAAGAGGAGAAAAAUAACACAGAAAUCAAUCUUUCUACUGCUAAAAAUGAGUUACUACAAUCGUUUGAUACACUGGAGACCACCAAUAUUUCUGUAGUCCCAUCCACAACUGGUGAAAAAGUAGUUGCACAGUCGAUUGAGACAACACUUCUUGCAUCUUUCGAACUGGGAAAGGAAAAUUUUUUUAAAGGAUGCAAAUGGGCACCAGAUGGAUUAUGUUUAAUGACUAAUAGUGAUGAUAAUAUAAUAAGACUUUACAACACUCCAAUCGAAAUUUUAUCUAAAAAUUGGGAUAAACCACAUUUUAAGAUCGAAGUUUGUUUAAAGCUGAAGGAGGCCGAAACUAUAUACGAUUACACUUGGUGGCCUCAAAUGAACUCUAUGUAUCCUGAGACGUGUUGCUUAGCAACAACUGCAAAAGAUCAACCAAUUCAUCUCUGGGAUGCUUUCAAUGAUGAUUUACGAGCGAGCUAUAUUGCAAAAAAUAACGUUGACGAAAUUACCGCUGCUCAUUCAAUUGCAUUUAGCCCUGAUGGUUUACAAAUGAUAUGCGGAUUUACAAAAGAACUCCGGUUAUUCUACAUUGAUCGUCCAGGAGACCAAUGUGAAAAAUAUCCGACAAGAAAACACAAGCGAGCAUCAGGACAACGAGGAAUUAUAUCAACAUCAGAAUUUCAUCCAGAUGGUUCCUCCAUUGCUUGCGGUUCCUACGACGGCACCGUCGCGCUAUACAGCUCUAAAAAUGGGGAACUAAUAAGCAUAUUUAAUGCGAAAAACAAAGGCAUAACACAAGUGAAAUUUUCACCAGAUGGAAAUCGGCUGUAUACUGGUGCACGUAAGGACAAUGCAAUCGUUUGUUGGGAUGUCAGAUUUCUUAACGGAGAUUUAUUUCAUUUGGAGCGAACUGUCGAUACAAACCAAAGGGUAUAUUUUGAUUUGGUAUCGGGAGUUUUAAGCGAAGAAAUAUCGUCGGAAAAUACAAUAAUAUCCGGUGGCACAGACGGCUUUGUAUCAUUCUGGGAUGCUAACACUGCGCUGGAAUCCGAUCUUUCACACAACACAAUAAAACAACCCUUUUACAAAUUCAAAUCGGAUAGAGAUUGUACUAAUGGGGUUCAUGUUCACCCAUAUUUGCCCGUUCUUGCUACAAGCUCGGGACAGAGACACUACGGUGAAUUUUCAGAUAGUGAAAGCGAGGAUGAAUCUAUUGAAAUUGAAGAGAAUAUGUUAAAACUUUGGCAUGUUGCUGGAUUGUGCGAUAAAUAAAUUUGAUAAACUUUAUUUCACAGUAAAUAUGAAAUUUAUUUAAAAACUUA